AAGAAGUGCACAGUUCUAAGCCCUAUAGGUUUAGGAUAUUCCAUUAGCAAAAUGUCAUUAGAUUUAAUAAAUUCACUAACUGAUCAAAGUGUGUGUAAUAUAAUUAUUUUCCUAUUAUGGGCUGAUUACAUAUGGGAAACUUAUCUUUCCAUAAGACAAUAUGGGGUUGCUACUAAAGCCGAUCAAAUCCCUCCACAACUAAAAGAUGUAAUGAAAAAAGAUGAAUACGACAAAGCAAGAAACUAUAGCAUAGCUAAACUACAAUUCGGUUUCAUCAAAGAUUUUCAGUCAAUUUUAAUUAACACCUACGUUAUCCAUCAAGGCUUUCUAGCAUCAGUUUGGGAAUACACAGAAAGCAUCAACUUAUUCAAUGAUGAAGUUUCAACCAGUUGCAUUUGGCUAGUGAUUUUACAACUUAUUACUACAGUAUUAGAUUUGCCUUUCACCAUUUACUACACCUUCAUAUUAGAAGAAAAGUUUGGUUUCAACAAACAAACCCCGGGAUUCUUUAUUUGGGACAAAAUAAAGCAGUUUUUUGUGUUUCAAAUGAUUACUGCAAUGAUUGCCAGUGUUGUAAUCGUUGUGGUUAAAAACGGUGGAGAUUAUUUCUUCAUUUGGCUAUGGGCUGUUGUUGGAGUGAUCACAUUGCUACUGCUCACAAUAUAUCCUGCAGUUAUAGCUCCAUUAUUUGAUAAAUACACUCCACUUCCUGAUGGUCCAUUGAGAACAGAUAUAGAAACUUUAGCUUCGAGUUUGAAGUUCCCAUUGACUCAACUUUAUGUUGUUGAAGGUUCAAAGAGGUCCUCACAUAGCAAUGCCUAUUUCUAUGGUUUGUUUAAUUCAAAAAGGAUCGUGCUUUUUGAUACUUUACUAGCAAAGGAUGAUGGUAGUGGCUGUAAAGACGAUGAAAUUUUAGCAGUAUUAUCACACGAACUAGGCCAUUGGAGCAAAAAUCAUACCAUAAAAAAUUUAAUUAUCGUGCAAGUGAACUUAUUUCUACUGUUUACAGUUUUUGGGACGAUAUUCAAAUACCCAAAACUGUACACGGCUUUAGGAUUCUACAACACCCAGCCAGUGCUUGUUGGACUCUUUGUGGUGCUCCAAUACGUAAUGAUGCCUUACAACACAAUUUUGUCAUUCCUCAUGACUAUUUUGUCAAGGCAGUUUGAAUUUGAAGCUGACGACUUUGCAGUGCAGCUGAACAAAGGGGUUGCGUUGGAGAGUGCCUUACUGAAGCUGAAUAAGGAUAAUUCAGGAUUUCCUGUUCACGAUUGGUUGUAUUCUGUGUGGCAUUAUUCGCAUCCGCCUCUUUUGCAAAGAAUUGAAGCUCUAAGGAAAGGAAUUAAGAGGUUUAAUGCCAAACAGAAAUAA